ACGGCUCUUCCUCGUCGUUUCUUCGUCGUUCGUUGCGCAAAUGGAAAUUCGAAAUUUCGGAUAUCGAGGAUUCUAGUGGCGAUCCAGUGAGACGUUAUUUUUUAUUCCGCGGUAUUACAGGGUAAAACCUUUGUCGCGAAGCGAUAGAGUCGUACUUACAAAUUGCCUAAUCCAGGGUAUCGAUCUCUCGGCUCAACAGCCUCGAGCGCGACGCGUAAAUAAGAUCAGGCCGCAAAUACGGCUGGAAUGGACAUUCCUGUGCGAUGCAGCGUGCCAAACUCGAUUAGCUCGUUUCAUUUGUGUACGUUAAUCGUUCCCUACUUCUUCGGGUCUCAAUUAAAGUCUCCGGUGGCCAUCAGUUCUCCGGACUCUUAGCGUUGUUACAAACGACCAAAGUGACAAGGAGAACGAGAGCUAAUCGAAGAUACGAAAGCAAUUUCGCACGUCCUAUUUAUUCGGGAUCGCUUAUUUUCAGAUCACUCUCGACUUGUACAAUAAAUCAGUCGUAGAGAAGCAAUCUUCCUCUCUCCUACAAAAUGGCGUUUUAAUCUCCCGACAUCUCACUCGUGUGAAUCAAUCAGUGACAUCAUAAUCACGAAUUGACGUCCCCUGGAUACACUCGUAUAUUGUUACAUCUCUUUAAUCCUUAAGGUCACGUAAUCCUCGAGUGUUAAGCUUCAAGCUCGCCAUAUUCCAGCUAAGGCAGCACGGGAAUAAUGUUUGCCGCAAGAAAUUAUAAAACUUGAAGAACGCGCGGCUAAGGACUCGCCACGCUCGUCGUACACCGCUCCUCACAGAUCUUGAAUAUUAUCUCUCAAGAUAUUUAUGUCCUUCGCUGUACGCAUACAUUUGUUUCGCUGUUAAGGCCGCAAGCGUCCCGCAGACAUUUUUGCGCGAUCGAUCAAUGAGCAAUCGAUAAGAAGCGGGCACAUCGGUCAUCGCUUCGCAGAUAGGCGCGUCUUUCGUCGUGCGGAGUAUCAGGUCCGGCGCGUUUGCGUGAGAUUCGGUGGAGUCGCGUCAGGUGGUGGUUCGACCAGGUGGGUCAAAUGGUGGGGGCACACGCUUGAGGAUGCAGACGGGGGAGACGUUAGUUCACCUCCGGAGGGGAAGGUCGCCAGGUCGAUCGGUUCUGCCGGCGCGGCGACUCUUCAGGCUUCUUCGUGGUCGCCAGUGUAUCUCUCGUACGUGACUCGUACGCCGUCUACGUCCGACGCGUAUAAGAACGCGAGUUCGCGAAUGAAAUCUCGCCGAAGAGCUCUCGGCCCGGAGAGGCCGGCGGCGGCGAUUUUUCGGAUUGGACGCUCCAGGAGCCGGGCGUUCAUUGGGUGCGCGAGUGAGCCGCGAAUCCGGGAGGAUCUAUAAUCUGCGCGACUCCGAAGGAUAACCUGGCUCCUCGUGAUUCCGAAGUGAAACAGUGCGGAGUAUGCCUCCGGGAGGGCCCCGUCGACCGUCUCUCCGGCGAAGUGAACGCGCUCGUUAUUUACGCGGACAAACGGCGCGCUGCGAACUAUCGUUACGUCGUGAUUCAUCGCGGUUCCAUUCUCGGCUCGACAGCCGGGAGUCAUCGAUCUUCCCGUGCACAGCGUGAUCCCUCCCGCGGUGGCGAACCUCGCGAUUACCUCAGGAAUCACCGCGUUCGCAGCCAAGUAUAGUCCUGACGGUGGAUCAGAGUGAGUAUCGUCGUUGCACUCGUGGUCUUUUUCCUGGGAAAAACUUGUGUUGUGGGAAAAUCAUCUGGUCGUCAUCUCGAGUGCGAAAAUGCCGAUUUAAUGCCUGCCGUAAUAAGACCGCGUGCUUCGUGGGCGUAGAUAACCAGGAAGAAAACAAGAAGAAGAAGAAGAAGAAGAAGAAGAAGAAGAAAAAGAAAAAUACAUUCGCGGUGGCAGACGCUCGCGGUGGAUUAUCGAGCGAAGCGUUGUCGUGUCGCAAGAGCCGACUUCUGCGAACUUCUGACCGUGGCUGCGGCGAUUCUUCAAGUCGCACGCUUCGCGGCGACCUGCUUCUUCGUUCGGCACCGCCGAGCCGAUGUUGGCACACGCGACCGCGAAGCAGCCGGGCGCGGCGCGCGCGAGGCGGCCUUAGCUCCGCGAUGGAGUCGUGAGGUGUGAAGAGGAACGGUGCGAGAGGACGACGGUUAGCCGAUAGCGCGGCAAACUUCCGCGAUCGAUAUCCUCAGGGUGCCAGCGGCGAGAGGUGCGUCGGUGCAACGGUGCGUUGCACUCGCGCAGGGUGAGCGCGCGAUGAGAACGUGGCCGACGUCGCCGACAGUCGUGGCGAUGAUACCGUCGGGACAGUCGCAGCGUCACAAAUGUACCGAGCGCAAUAUCAGGGCUCGCGCGAUCCCGACGGACCGUUUCCGGUAGUGGACGAGCGCGUCGACCAGGUGUGCGCGAGGCGCGCCGCCGAGCAGGAGGAUCCGCAGGAUCUACCCCCGGUAGCAGCUCGAAGCUCAAUCGAGACGUCGGCGACUCGUGUCUCCCGCCAGCCGAGACCAGCUGAAUCCAGCUAAUCAAUGGCGCUGCCCACGCACGAACGCUCUGCGACGGAGGAGAGCCGAGAGUAACGACGCCGCUCAAGUUAUUGUACCGUUUCCCGUGUCUGACGUGUGCCGUUGUGUUAACCGACACCGUGACCGUUAUAUCGAUCGGCGAUUCGCGAGUUCGCGAGUUCGUAGUGACACAAGUAGUGACGUGAUCCGAGUGAUCUCAGUGGUGGCGACUAACUAAUUAACACCAGCGACGAUUCGCGAUGCUGCCGAAGAAGGACAGCCAGACGGAGCCCUACGCUCUGGAGGACAUGAUAUCGGACCUGCAAGCGAGGAGGCACUCGAUGGACCACGAGGACGCCGUGCAGGAUCCCGCCGAGUUGCUGAAGCAACGCGAGCGGGAUCUCGUGUUGGCCGCCGAACUCGGCAAGGCCCUGCUCGAAAGGAAUCAGGAGCUGACGAAGCAGGCUGAGACAUUAGCCGAGGAGUACUCCGUCAAAUUGGAGAGCUUGGAGCAAGAGAGACAUCUGCUGCGAAGGAGGCUCGAGGAGGCCAGGGACGAGAGCGAAGCGCGGGCUCUGGAGCUGCAGGCCGACGUGGAGACGCUGAGGAGCCAGUUGGAGGAGCAGAAUGAGAGGGCGAGGAGGGCGGAGCGCGAUCAGGCCACCUUGGUCGCGGAGCUGACGGCGCAGAACACGAGGCUGGCCGAUCAGCUGAGGGAGGCCGCCAAGCAGGAGGAGCAGUUGCUCGUCGAGAUGAAGGUGCUGAGGGAGAAGUGCGCUCUGCGAAACACCACGCUGCAGGAUCACGUGAGCAGCCUGGAGAUCCUGCGGGACGAGGUACAACUGGUCUCGGCACAAAGGACCGAGCUAGAGAGGCGGUCCUUGGAGCUCCGGGAGGAGAGGGCCCGGGCGAUCGCGGCCCUCGAGGAAGCCGAGGAGAGAGCCGCGGCCUUGGAGCGGCUCAGCCACGAAGCGGAACACCGCGCGAGAGUGGCCGAGCAGGAGAGGGACGAGCUGGCGUCGUCAUUGGCGGCCAUCGAGGCGGAAAGGAGGACUAGGUCCGGUUCGAUACAAAAGCCACCGCGGUCCCUGCAGGCGGAGAUGGAGUGCGAGGAGAGCGGAAGCUCGCUGGGAGAACAGGAGGACGGUCUGCGGACGGAAGUGGCGAGGGCGACGAAGCGACUGAGGGAGCUGUGCGCUCAUCUGAGACGCGGCGAGGACGACUCCGGCCUGCAGAGCGACUGCGACGAGUCCAUGCUCGUGAUCAACAGCUCCGAGGCGGAGGUCGGCAGCAACGAGCGGGAGGCUCACCCUUCGCCUACGACGAAUUAUCCGGGUGCGCUGCUGGAGCUGGUCGAAGAGGUGUACAACCUCGCGCUGUCGGGCAGAGGAGCGCCUGGCGAGCUGGGGCUCGCGGUGGAGCUGCACAGGGUGCGGGAGGAGCUGGAGCACUCGAGGGAGCAGUCGAAGCAGAUGCAGGAGGAGCUGAAGCGGCGCGCGGACGCGUUCCUCGAGGUGACGAGCAAGCUGAGCGUCUGCGAGGCGGAGCUGCGCGGCGUCAUGGAGGAGCGCGACCGUGCCAGGGGUGACAUGGAGCACUCCGAGCUGACGAAGGACGAGAUCGUGGCGAAGGCGUACAAGGUGCGCGACCAGGCGGUGGCCAGGCAGAAUCGAGUGGAGGUGGAGUUGGCGAGGACGCGGAUAGACAUCCUGCAGGCGGACAGCCAGCUGAAGGAGGCCAUCAAGCAGAAGGUCGAGCUGAGUCAGCAGCUGGAGCAGUGGCAGAUGGACAUGCAGGCGCUGCUGGACGAGCACGUGCGCAGCAAGCUGACCCCGGCGGCGGCGCACAACGUCGCCGUGAAGAACGGCGAUAACUCGGACGUGUCCGCGCCAGCCAGGAAGAAGAGGAGCACCGGCCCCGCGAAGAAGAUGUUCGGCCUGUUUUGACGAAAGUGACGUAGCGCGGUAGCAGCGUUACGAUGAACGAAAAUUAUAAAGGGACGAACGCGAUCUGGUCGCGGUUGGCCGACGGCGAUGGACCGUACCUGCGGUCGCUAGCGCCGCGAAGAGAAGUUGCCGAGAGUUGCGAAGAGGUGAGAGGGCGAAGGGAAGACGGACUUGCGUUUCCUUCGCACGAACGUUUGACAGAGCUUUGGUGUUACUCCCGCGGCCUUCAACCGCGAGUAGGGACGAUGUUCCAGAUAAUUGAUUGCCGUCGACUAGCGGAGAAACGUCGAAUUUCGACUGAUUCUCGAAAUGAGCGAUUUCGCGCUUGAAGGGACUACGGUUAGUGAUAAUUCUGAAGUCUGAAAGUAUUCCUGGUGACUCGUCUAAAAUUUGAGCCGGACCUGUCCUGAACGCCGGCACGGCGGAGUAUCGGUGCGUCCGACAGCGAGAUUCUUCUUCGCCAGUCGGAUUUCCAAGCUCUCUCGCGCUUGGCAACUACGCGGAGCGAAGGAUGUAGUCGCGUCAUCCGCGACAGACGCAUUGUUCUUAACGAUGAGAGUCUGACACCGGUGCCGAUUCCCGUGCCGAAACGGAUUACUAAUUCGAAUUUAAGUGGCGCGUCUGCCGUCGCAAAAACACGCGGAACGUUCGACUUUCUACGAUUCCUCGAGUAGGGAAAGUCGCGGACGGCUCUUGCGAAGCGUUCUCGAGCGCUCAUGCGACAUGCGCUCGAUCGUCGCGGACGUACUUCUCGCCUUCGUCUCGAUAUGUAUCAGUUGCGUUUUUGCCCGUCACUUUUUAUCACGUCGAUUAAUCGACGCAGUCCGUCGGUCGGCCGUCAUUAUCGUACAUUUAAAUUCAUAAACUUCUUAUGCGAGGAUCAUCGACUACGUGAAACUGCGUUCCGCCGGCCGACGAGUCGACAGAAGCAAAUCAAUAGAUCGAAUAAUUUUAAUAACCUGUCGAGAAAGAAAUAUCAUCAGAUGGUCCGAUCGUUCGUAAAUUCGACUGAAAGAUUUUUACGCCAGAAACAAACUGAUGAUCACCGUUGAAGUUUCCGAGGCAAGAAAAAUUGUUCGCCAUUUCUUCGUCCUGUUCCGUUUGUAACUGCACACGAAAGAAACUAAUCACGAGUCUUACUACAUACAUACAAGCGAGUGUCGGUCGAAAGGUGACGAAAGAAUGCAAAGGGUUAAUGUCCCCAUUAGUCCCGCGAUUAUUAACCCUUUAACCCUGCUGAGAUAUUAAAUGACCAGUAUGAGCCUCUUUGCUGAGUUAUUUUUACAAUUAUAACAAUAUUUUAUAAUUUGCUGGCGAUCCAGAUUUUCACAAAUUCAUAUUUUUAAAUUAAAAAAAAAAAAUACCGCACGCAAUACCACACACAUUGAAAGUCCAAAUCGAGUAAACUCGAUCGUAAGCAAGGCCGCCAUUUUUUUCCACACUCGAGUUAUCUCGACCGUAGCAGUUAAAGGGUUAAAAUCGGCAAGGCGCGCAAGCGUCCUUUCGUCCUCGCGCGGGAACUCGCGCUAUUCGCGUUACUCUCAUCAGCGCGGAACCGAUCGUUUUCCACGCUGAGGACGAUCUCCAAGUGGCAGCCUCUUAUCUCGAAGUGUGCUCGCGACCAGCUGAUCAAAUAAUGGACUGGAGAUGUCUCGUCUCGCUCUUGAAUUAUUGUUAACGCGAAACAUUGUGAUACGCCGUGUCUUACGUUAGAAUCGACGGAGAAUAUUGCGCGGGUCUUUUGACGCGUUAUUGUCGCGCCUCCGCGACAUUAGUGAUGAUUUCAGUAGGGAAUUUUGCAAACCUCGUCGACGACGAAAUCGACGCACGAGGAUGAUCGAUAAGUCGUGGGUAUUAUGAAACGUUCCUACAAGGUGAGAGAUUUCUUCUCCCGCGGCUUCGAGCGACAGUUGGCAUUCGUAUUGCGUGGCAUUCAAGUUACGUAUAGAUCGAUGUUACUUAAAUACGAGCUUGGAUGUGAUUUUCUGCGUUGGAGUUAAUUACCGGCCGUGAUUAAUCGCUAUCCGUCCAUCGUUCCGUCCAUCAGGACCGACGAAUUAUCUGCGAUGCGUCGAAACGAAAAAAAAUCGGGGAGGGGGGGGGUGAGGGAGGAUUGAAAUGUAAUCGAGCGUAUUUAGAAACGAAAGUCAAUCGUCCAGCCAUAGAGAUCUCCGAUCUUUUGACGCAACUUUAGUGCAAUAUCGUGCUAGAACGUUUUCGCGCGACGAUGCUGAUCGCAACGAUGCUCCUCAAGAGCUCCACUUCGACCUUGAGAAGCAACGGCUCGCUGUCUUCGACGCGGCACGUGUGUUUUUGCACGUGUACAUAGGGGUGUGUAAACACGUAUGCCGUUGCGUGCUCGACACGAUAGGAUCGUUUGUACCUUUUUUCCUCGGAGUGCGUGUGUGUGAUCGUCCAAGUUGUAUGAUAAUUGUAUGAUUCUUGAUCUGAUCGAUUAUACGACAAUAUUUAUUUAAUAAAAGUCCGUUUUGCGAACAUCCUGCGACUCUACAUCUUCGCCGCACCUGCUCCUGACGUGCACAUAUAUAUAUAUAUAUAGAUAUUUCCGAUUCUGUCGAAUCUUUAUUUUACUUGGCUUGCAGUGUUGGCGUGUAGCUCGCGUACCUUUCUCUAAUCGUAUGUCGUAGAUGUUUCCUGAAAAUAAUGAGACACGUGAAAAGAAACAAAUAGGCAUUUAUUCACAAGAGGCAGGUGUAGUUACAGUAGUUCUUCUCAUUUCUGUUUUGCUUAAAUAUACAUACAUAUAUAUAUAUA